AUGCUCCACUUACACGAAAAUGAUCCAAAUAACCAAAGUCUUAAUACUCGAACUCAGAAAGUAAGUCAUUAUUUAGAUUAUUUGGACCAGAAAUUCAGACAACAUUAUGUCCCUUCAAGAGAGAUAUCAGUGGAUAAAUCUGUUGUUGGAUUUAAGGGUAAAAUUAGUUUUAUAACUUAUAACCCUAACAAACCUACAAAAUGGGGUAUAAGAAUAUAUGUAAUGGCUGAUGCUAACACCGGAUAUGUUUACACAAUUUUGCCUUACUACGGAAGCCUGACAUCGCAUCAAUUAGUGAGACCUGAUUUGCCUGUAACUACAAGAAUUGUGUUAAAUCUUUGCCAAAAAUUACUGGAUUAUAACCCGGGAUGUCAAGGACAUCAUUUUUAUACUGACAGAUACUACACCAGCAUACCACUUGCAGAAGAGUUAUUAAAAUUAAAUGUUUAUUUAACUGGCACGAUUCAAACCAAUCGCAAAUUUAUACCCGAUUGUAUAAAAAAACCAAUAUUUGCUGAAAAUAACAUGUUUGCAUUCAGAUCGGGUAAACUGAUGUUAUUGGCUUGGAAGGAUAAAAGGAUCGUUACCACACUUACUUCGUGGGACAUUUCAGGAACACAACCUAUACACAGAAGAAUACGAGGUGGUAAUGUACAAGUUAUAAAUAAACCAAAUGUAGUGAUCAACUAUAAUAAAUUUAUGGGAGGUGUUGACCGCGCAGACUCGUAUUCAGCGUCAUACUGUUUCCUGAGAAAGUCUAUGAAAUGGUGGCAAAAAUUAUUUUUCUGGGACAUUGAAAUGUCCAGUGUCAAUGCAUUUUUAUUGUAUAAAAAUUCACAACGAGGCAAGAAUAAACCAAUGACACAUUUAAAGUUUGUUCGGGAAUUGGUUGAUGUAAUGACCAAAAAAUUUUCGCCAGGUGUCCAAAUCUCCUGGAAGGCCAUUAUUAGUAGAUCCAGAGGAGAGAUUGAAUGGUAA